UAUGUAUGUACCCAGAUGCUACACUUCAAUUCAUCGAUCGAAUAUUUACCCACUUCUAGCUGCAAAAAAAAAAAAUCAGAAAUAAACCAUCAUGCUGUUCUACUACGACUUCUUUGCCACCUUGGAUGAGAAGGAAAAAGGAGCAGUCGGAGAUGAUAUCACCAUUGCAGCCGCGGCCGUUGCGGCGGAGGCAGUCUCGGUCGAGAGCGUUUCCACCGAUCGAGCGCUGCCUUUCUCUGCACGACCCCGGCCCGCCUCUACCCUCAAUCUUAUUGAUCGUCUCGGCAGCCUCCUUCCGAAAGAUGAAGGUGAAACCCUGACUCUCCGGUUGUCACUGCCGGAUUCUGGUACCAGUACUCUGACCACUUGGAAAAGAAAGAUGUCGCCUCCAUGCCCGGAGGCGACGCCCGAAUCCAAGCGGUCAAGAACUAAGGCAUCAUCAAGAAGAGAAGGCAGAGACCUGCACCAGAACCCUUCUCCGAGAGCGAGUCUCGGAGAAGGAGGCGGGGAUGGGCCGUGGGUGAAGAAGAUGCUGAGCGCGAGCGACGUGAACUCGUCGUCGCGGCUUUUGCUGCCUAAGGCAGAGAUCAUGGAUAGGUAUGUGUUGCCUUCUCUGGACGAGGAGAAGGUGAGAGCCUGCCAUAGCGGGAUGGGGUUGAAAGUGAAGGUGACGGACACGGACGACCAGAAGACAUACGUGCUGACCCUGUUGCGGUGGAAAAGCAAAAGCUAUGUGCUGACCAGCAACUGGUCUGAAAGUUUUGUGAGGCGGAGGCUUUUGACUGAAGGAGACUCCAUUGAAUUGUCCUGGAAUGCUCAAAACCUGGAGUUUUUCUUCCGCAAAUUCACAAACACCGAUAAUAAUAAUAAUAGUAAUGUUCCUCCAUCGACUUGACAAUUAAUUAGGUUUUGCUUUGACCGAUAUUUGUUCAAUUCAAUUAUAUUCUUUCUUUUUUCAAGUGUUUAUUUUAAACUUUUAAUCAUAUACUAGUAUAUAUAUACGUAGUAUAUAUUGCUUGUGGAUUUAAUUGAAAUAGUGAAUAGUUACUUCAAAA